AGAAAUUGUAAGCUACCGGAGAGAAAAGCACAAAAGAGAGGAGCAAAACCCCAGCGGCUCUCCUACUCCAUUGGAGGAAGCAAAGGAAUGUACGCAGAGCAGAAGAAGCUCAACUAUCGAGAGAAAUGAGGCUGAUAGUGCUCACUUCCCGCAGCAAAGCAAUUUUCACUUUCCCCGUUCGCAUCUCCCCGGCGCCGCCGCUGCCUCCGCCGCCGCGAAGCUUCACCACUCUCUGUUGGAGACCUAAUCGCAAUCCCCAAUUUUCCUCCUACACAGGAUUCAGAGCUUCGUCGAGCGCCGCGCAUACGGCGUCGUUUCUUCAGCGGAACCCCGUGUUCUCCGCGUCGAAAUGCAUAUCCUCAAUUUCGUCUUCUGCUGCCAGUACUGUGGACUGGAACGAAGCCGCCUUGGGCUCGGCGGAGGCGGUAGCGUGGGAGGAGGAGGACGAUAUCAACGAGGCGGCCAAAUCUUCCAUUUCCGUUAGGGCGUAUUUCUUCUCCACUAGCGUCGAUUUGAAGAGCUUGGUGGAGCAGAACAAACAGAAUUUUAUCCCACCAUCGUCGAGGAUGACAAACUACGUGGUUCUGCGAUUUGGUGAUUUGAGACCUGAUCCUAAUGGUUUGAGUUCUAGUUUACACGGAAAUGAUUGUUGUUACAUGGUAGUUUUCCAGUACGGCUCCAUUGUACUGUUCAAUGUCCGUGACCAUGAAGUUGAUGGAUAUCUAAAAAUUAUAGAAAGACAUUCUUCGGGAUUGCUUCCUGAGAUGAGAAAGGAUGAAUAUGAGGUCCGAGAGAAGCCAAAUUUGAACACAUGGAUGCAAGGUGGGCUUGAUUACAUAACACUGCAAUACCUUAAUGUUGACGGCAUCCGUACCAUUGGUAGUGUUCUUGGUCAAAGUAUUGCACUUGACUAUUAUGUUCGUCAGGUCGACGGAAUGGUUGCAGAAUUUACUGAUAUCAAUCGUGGGAUGGAGAAAACUGGAACCUUCACAAUGGAACGAAAAAAGCUAUUUCAGCUGGUUGGAAAGGCAAAUUCAAAUCUUGCUGAUGUAAUUCUUAAGCUUGGACUUUUUGAAAGAUCAGAUAUCGCGUGGAAAGAUGCUAAAUACGCUCAGAUUUGGGAGUACCUAAGAGACGAAUUCGAAUUAACUGCCAGAUUUGCAGGCCUUGAUUUCAAAUUGAAGUUUGUAGAGCAUAAUAUUCGUUUUCUACAAGAGAUUCUACAGAAUAGGAAAUCGGAUUUCCUCGAGUGGCUGAUUAUCAUCCUAAUUGCUGCCGAAAUUCUCAUAUCCGUAUACGACAUCGCUCAUAAGUCGUUGUAGAAUCUGCCUAUUCUCAUCGUUCCUACAACACGAAUUUGUAUAUACAAUAAUGAAUUUACUGUGCUUUAUCGCAAUUGGUCACACUGGUCACAGGAAGUACUUUAUGUAGUAAAAUUAUUUUACCUGUAGGCCCCACCUAUUUUUUUUUUU